GUAGUUUUUUAAAGGCAUACGACCGGAAAUGAGCCCUUGGAGGCCCGGAUGCGGUGGGAGCGAAAGAAGGAGCGGGGCGGGGAUGAUGGCGGCGCUGAGGCCCGAUGAGGAGCUGGGGCUGCGGGUGACUGAGAUGGAAGAAGAGGAGGGCAUGGGCCGUGGAGAGGAGCAGUCGCUGCAGCUGAACUUGGGGGACCUGGACCUCACCUCAGAUGAGUUCAUCCUGGAUGAAGUGGACAUUCACAUCCAAGCCAACCUGGAGGACUCCCUGGUUCAGGAGGCGCUGAAGACAGGUGUGGAUCUGCGGCAGUACUCCAAGCAGGUGGAACUGGAGCUGCAGCACAUUGAGCACGCCUCCAUCAGGGACUACAUCAAGGAGAGCAAGAACAUCACCUCCCUGCACAACCAGAUCACUGCCUGUGACGCCAUCCUGGAGCGCAUGGAGCAGAUGCUGAGCUCCUUCCAGUGUGACCUGAGCAGCAUCAGCUGUGAGAUCCAGACGCUGCAGGAGCAGUCCGUGGCCAUGAACCUGCGGCUCAAGAACCGCCAGGCCGUGCGUAGCCAGCUCAGCCAGCUGGUGGACGAGCUCGUGGUGCCAGCUGCCAUGAUCAGCACCAUCCUGGAGGCCCCGGUGACUGAGCAGGACUUCCUGGAGCAGCUGCACGAGCUGAACAACAAGAUGAACUACGUGAAGGAGCAGGCCUUCCGCGAGACCAUGGCCUGCACUGACGUGCACAACGUGCUGGACCGGCUGAAGGUCAAGGCUGUGACCAAGAUCCGGGAGUUCAUCCUACAGAAAAUCUACUCGUUCCGCAAACCCAUGACCAACUACCAGAUCCCCCAGAAUGCCCUGCUCAAGUACAGGUUCUUCUACCAGUUCCUGCUCGGGAACGAGCGGUCGGUGGCCCAGGAGCUGCGGGAGCAGUACGUGGAGACCAUGAGCAAGAUCUACCUGUCCUACUUCAAAUCCUACACCAGCCGCCUCAUGAAGAUCCAGUACGAGGAGGUGGCGGAGAAGGAUGACCUGAUGGGAGUGGAGGACACGGCCAAGAAAGGGUUUUUCUCAAAGCCCUCACUGAAGAACCGCAACACGAUCUUCACGCUGGGGAACCGGGGCAGCGUGAUUGGGGGGGCCGAGCUGGAGGGGCCCAUCAUUGUGCCCCACGCUGCCCAGAAGAGCGAUGUCCGCUACCCCUUCGAGUCGCUGUUCCGCAGCCAGCACUACGCUCUGCUGGACAACAGCUGCCGCGAGUAUCUCUUCCUCUGCGACUUCUUCCUGGUGACGGGGCCCAGCGCCCAGGAGCUCUUCAACACCGUCAUGGGCAAGACGCUGGCCAUGUUCCUGAAACACAUGGAUGGGUACGUGUGCGACUGCUACGACAGCAUCGCCAUCUUCCUCUGCAUCCACAUCGUCCUGCGCUUCCGAGCCAUCAUGGCCAAGCGCAACGUCCCCGCCAUCGACAAGUACUGGGACACGCUGCUGGAGAUCCUGUGGCCGCGGUUCGAGUACAUCCUAGAGCUGAAUAUCCAGAGCAUCCAGAACACGGACCCCCAGAGACUGGGCUUCCUGGACACGCGCCCCCACUAUAUCACACGGCGCUAUGCAGAGUUCUCUUCUGCCAUCGUCAGCAUCAACCAGACCUUCCCCAACGAGCGAACCCACACGCUGCUGGGGCAGCUGCAGGUGGAGGUGGAGAACUUCGUGCUGCGGGUGGCGGCUGAGUUCUCAUCGCGCAAGGAGCAGCUCAUCUUCCUCAUCAACAACUACGACAUGAUGCUGAGCGUCCUCAUGGAGCGGGCGGUGGAGGAGAGCAAGGAGGUGGAGGGCUUCCAGCAGCUGCUUUCAGCCCGGUCCCAGGAGUUCAUCGAGGAGAUCCUGUCGCCCCCGUUCGGGGGGAUGAUCGCCUUCGUCAAGGAGUCGGAGUCACUCAUUGAGAAGGGGCAGCUCGACCGACUGCGUGGGGAGGAGGCCCGGGUGACCCAGCUGGUGCGUGGAUUCUCCACCACGUGGAAGGCCUCGGUGGAAUCGCUGAGCCAGGACGUCAUGAGAUCCUUCAGCAACUUCAAAAACGGGACCAGCAUCAUUCAGGGGGCGCUGACCCAGCUGAUCCAGUACUAUCACCGCUUCCACAAGGUGCUGGCGCAGCCGCCCCUGCGCGCCCUGCCGGCCCGCGCCGAGCUCAUCAACAUCCACCACCUCAUGGUGGAGCUGAAGAAACACAAGCCCAACUUCUAGGAGAGGGGAACCUGUGGCCCCCAACCCUGCCCCAGGCCUGGGGGGGGGGAUCGGCACAGCCCCCUCCCCUGUGUGGGCACAGGGGGUUUGUGCCCCCUCUCCCCAGUGCACUGUGGGGAGUGGAAAACCCUUGCCCCACUCUUCCCUUCUCCCCCUGCUGCUGUAACCCACGGGGACCAGUCUAACCCCAGCGCUCCCCACCAACUUGUGGGGCCCCUAUGGUUGGGGGGGCAGCUCCAGGCUGCAGCAGGGACCUGUCCCCCCCAUGUCAGCACCCCUUUCUGCCCUGCAGUGGCUCCCCCCAAGAGAGGGGGAAGGUGAGGGACCUGCAGGUGGGGGUCGGGGGGGCUCUCCCCUCCGCUCCAGGUGGCUUGUGUGUGUAUCUGGCUUUGUACAGUGACAAUAAACUCCCUGCUACUCAC